AUGGACAAGCUGGUCUAUCUCGAGGAAGGCUACAAUCUGACUGAGAAUCCCUAUGCGCUGCCGGAGAAAUUCAUGCGUGAAGCUAAAUGCCUCCACUUGUUUGUCGAAUUUUUAAAGACAACGACGGAACAGCAACCAGUUCAAGAGAAGAAGAAGGCUGCCAAUCAUGCCGUCUUUAAACUUGUAUUUGAAAAGAACUACGAGGACUUUGCUGGCCUCCGGUUAGAAAUGGCUGUCAACUACAACUACAAGAGCAAAUCAGAGACUAGUAGCAACGGCCCCGUCAAAUACAAAUCCGGGUACCUCUGCGCUAAGCCAACCUUGUUCUCAAGACCUUCAAGCAAGACCGCUUCGACCUGUGAGCUGGCCAUUGCACGGAAUUGGCCGGUCGGCAGUGUCAUUCGACUGCUUCUUCAUUUUCAAAUGUCCCACUUUGAUUUUGUUAAUCUGCAAGACCGGUAUUUUGGGUGUCGUGAUUUCGUCUCACAAGCCAUUCACGUAUUACAUAAACAGGGUUUCAUCUUGUCUUGCAACAUCUCACGCGUCCUCAGCGGCCCCUCUUUGCCAGUCACUGGCAUCUACGACGCGCUGGGGCUGCGGUUCGCGCAUCGGGGUCGAGUCUUAAUGUGCCCCAUAGACAAGGGUCGUUUCACCGUUUACCAACGCCAUGAGUCUUCCGCCAUACCGUAUAAAGGCUCCCACAGGGCACAUCAGCUCGCGGCAUUCAUCCCCGAGGCAUGA